AUGAAUAUUCAUCAGUUCGUUCUGAACGUCAUUUCGAAGACUCAACUUUUUGUUGUACAUAACCAAACAAAACCUCCUAAGUUCGAUGUUGACAGGAUUUCCUGGCCAACUGAAUGGAUUCUCAACAAAAUUCUUUACCUUUGGCACUGAUGCGUUUGAGUGAAAUCCAGGAGCACAUCAAUGAAGUUCGUAGACAGAAUGAACUGACAUGUCAUGACAUCGCGCAACUGCUCAAUAAACCAUGGCCCGGGAAGAUGUCUCCAGCUUCAGCUGGUCUUACAAGAACUCAAGAGGGCGGAAGAGAUUCAGCAAGUGCUCCUGAGAAGUUGAACAAAGAUAAUGUGUUUUCCUUUGAAGAGCAGUCAAUGUUGGCAGAAGUAGACAGUGUGCUGGCUCAAGCCCAGAAACUCAGGAAUUUUCAAAGCAAGGUAAAAAGCAAACAAACCAGCCAUGAUCUUGGCAGAGCUUCAGCCGUAUCAGCAAAUGCUCCUAACCAUGUGGAGACGUCCAAGCCUAUCGAGGUUGCAGAACCCUCAUUACCAUCAGAUCAGCAGAAAAAUGAAGAGAUUCCGGGUGAAGCUAUAAAUAGAAAUACCAAUAAUUCUGAAGCAGAAGCUUCUGAUGUGGCAGUCAUUUCCGCAAAGGAUCUUGAUAGGCUCCUGAAGAAAGAGCCACCAAUAAGGAAGGAGCAAACAUCAAGAAUGACCCGUCCAACAUCAGGAUCAAGUAAACUGUCCAACCAACCCAAAUCUAAGAAAUCAACUACAGCUGCAGCAGGUGUCCCCAGACCUGCACCGAGGAAAGGAGUGCAACUUCGGACAUCCUCUGCAGAAAUUGGGAGACAUGUCUCAAAGCCAGCAACUCGGUAUGGGGACACCCAAAGCAGGUAUAUGCAGUCAGCUAAAGUAAAGACAUUGCAUAAGAAUGACUCAAGGAAGCCAACUAAGCCAAGUACUCAAUUAAGUGGAAACCGAUCCAACGUUAGACAGAGCUCCUCACAAGGACAGAUAAAGCAAGCUUCAGCAACAAAGAGAUUGCCUGAUGAAGUCUCUAUUGUUCCAUCAGGGAAAGGCAUUUCUCAGGUUGAACAGCCAAGUAGAACUCAGAGAACUGACAGUAAUGAAGUUGAGAAGGUAACCCAUUCUGUGGCACAUCUAAAGGUGUCUCAAGGACAAAAAGGAAGGUCUGAGGAUACUCAACAGGAAAUGAAAUCCAUACUUACAACAAAAGAGGAUCCUACUCCACAAUCAGAAACAAUUCCUUUCAUCCUGAGGAAAGAUGGAUCCAGUCUUACAGUGCCAUCGAAGCUGAAGAAACAUUACCAGAACACCACAAGGCUCAGAGACAAGUUGACCUCUCUGGUCCAAGAGGAUGCCCGAAGCCAUUCUGAUUGUUUCCUCCGUCUCUUUGGUGACAAUUCUUUAUCCUUCUCCCAUCUUGAUGGUGAGCUACAGAGACUGGUCGCAGAGUUCCGACACUUGAUUGAACUCACUAGGAAUGUAAGAAAGCAACUCAAGACAAUACAUGGUAAAACUCAUUGGGAGGAUGUUUAUUAUCUCAGUUCAAUGUCAGAGGUUAUACGACAGAGGCAAGAUGAGAUCACUAAGCAGUUUAGUGAGCUAAAAGAAUGUUUUAAUGAUGACCAUGAUGACAGGGUUUCAAGAAGCAGUCACAAGAAAACUGAGGGAUUCCCUUUUCUUUGGCAUCAAGGGAAUACCUUCAAAGAUGCAUGCCUUUCCAUACCAGAAGGUAAUAUUCUGCAGUACUCAUCUCGAGUGGAGUUGUUGACAUGGAAUCGACUUGUGUAUCAGAUACAACUUAUUCAACAAGAAAAGAUUAUUCAAGAGGUUGCAGGUAGUGCAAUAUUGGAGCUUCUCUCAGGCAUCAACAGUUCGGAUCCCUCCUAUCCGACUCUCUAUCGCAUCGCUCACGGUGUGAUAUUCAACUCGGGGUCAAUCUAUCCAUCUAUGAUAUCAGACGAAGAGAGAGGUACAACGCCUUGCCAGGAGGGGAGCAUUUCAUGAAACCAAAGAGUCAGUGAUUUCCACAGACAGUUGUUAUAAGCUACUGAAAUCCUUGCAUCUGAUUGGCUCAGAGUGGAAGAGUCGGUGAAAAUCACUGAUAAAAACUUUUCAUGAAAUGCUCUCCUUAAACAAUAUUUUUUAUUUCAAUUAAAUGCUAAUAAAUCAUCUCCAAAGAUCACUCUUUCAAUUUCUUAAUUUUAACAUUCCAGAAGAUGAAAUAGAUGCAGCAGAAAUUAAAUUACAUUUCAAGUGCCUAUUUCCAGACAGUACUGUUAGUGCAUGCCUCAAUUCAAUUUAACUAUCAAUUUUAACUUAACUUUGAAUUAAGAUUUCAUCAAAUGGUGUUGAAAAAUUAUGCCUGAAACGAUAAGCAUAUAUAUAUCAACAUUCAUCUAUUAACUCAUUUCUUAUAAAUAAUUCCCUAAAAAUAGGCAUGUUGCAUAUUUUUAUCUUAACUUUCAGAGAUGAUAGUAAGACCGCAAAAAGUCAAAAAGAUUUAAAAGCAUUAUUAUUUCACAAAUUGUUUAUACUAAUAGCAAUAAAGAUGAUAAUAUGCAGCAUUUUAAUAUGUAGCUGUGAGUACAAUGUACUUUGUACUAAUACCCUGGCUUAAGCACCUACAUGGCUGCACUGAUUAGCCGCUUGAGCAUUGGGUACCCAUUUACUAUGUCUGUGUGGAUAUUAGUAAAUGUAGAUGAAUGCCUUGCCAAAGGACGCAAAAGCUGCGUUGGUACUGGAUCCCCCAACUUAUGCACAACUUUAUCAUGUAUCCAUCUAGUCAUUUAUUGAAAAACUUUCUGUUUGUGUUGGACCCUCCUUUAAACAGGUUAAUUCUCAGAAAGUAAGUUGCGGAGUUGUAAGAUGCAUCUUCUGACUAUUGAAAUUCAUAUUUUGUUUUAUUUAUAUGCUUUGUAAUAAACAAGAUCAAGGCCGCCACAGUGCAAUUGUUCUUGGUUUACCAAUGACCUCAUCGUUUUAACGGCUUUGCUAAUCUGUUGUGAUGGCAUAUUGAUCCAGGGUAGUCGUUGCUUGACGGUUUCAUUUCCUCUUGGAGUGUGAAGUAGGGCAGUGCUCAGAUAAUAGGUGUGUUUACACUUCUACAAUUUUUGACUUACCAGUACUUAAGGCAAUUUUUAGUGCAUUAGGGUUUCAUUUUCUCUUGGAGUGUGAAGUAGAGCAGUGCUCAGAAAAUAGGGGUGUUCACAUCCCUGUAAGAUCAUUGAUUCUAUAUGCCAUAAUGUUGAGAUGAUUUCAUUUCCAUUUGGAUGCGAAGAAGAGCAGUGCUCAGAAAAUAAGGGGUGUUCUCAAUAAUGUAAAAUAUUUAUUUAUUUUAAAGACAUUCUUUAAUGUUGAGAUUAUUUCAUUCCUCUUGGAGUGUGAAGUAGGGCAGUGCUGAGAUAAGUGUGUUAACACUCCUGUAAAAUAUUGAUUAAGUAAAGCUUUUCAUGUGCUUUUAGAACAAGUUGAUCCUUGAAAAUCUCUGAAAAUUAACUCCAAAUGAAUAUGAUGAGUGUGGGUUACAUGCAUGUUUUGGCCCACUGCUUGAAAAUAAAAUCUGUUUACUUUCUUUUUUCUUACCAUGUGGUAGUAAAAAAAUACAUAUACAAAUUCCCUUCAACUCAAGAAGGUAUGAUAUAAAAAAAAAUGGAAACAGAAAAACAAAUACUUUAAUAAUAGACAGAAGAACCCAUCUCUCAUUUGAAAAACUGGUCUUAUGAAAUUUAGUCUUUGCCUUUCCUGUCUCAGGAAAUGAACUUCUUUAUACAUGACCUUGUUAUAAAUGUAAAGUACCUCACUUUCAUGACACAUCAAGUUGUGAACUGUUGGGGUUUUAAAUUUGGAGUGGUUUUAUUUCUGAUCCGAUACUAUAUUUAAAGGUGCACCUCACACUGAAAUCCCCCCCCCUCCACCUUUAACAAGCUACAACAUGCUUCAUAAUUGAUCUUUAAUUCUUUUGUGUUUUGUUUGUUAUGGCUAUGGUUUUGGAUAGAGAAUCAUUGUAAUUCUGUUAAUUUAUGGCUGAUUUGGCUUAUUUCCAAGUUUUGGGACAAGAAAGUGCACUUAGAAUAAUUUUGCCCCACCCCCAACUACAGCAAGAUAUGACACACUGCACAUUUGAUUUUCAUUCUUUUGUGUUUGUGUGUUGUUAUAUUAAUGGUUUAGGAUGGAAAUGUCCGUAGAAUUCAGUGAUUUGGCUAAUGUCCAAUUUGGGGGCAAGAAGAAAGCGCCUUUCAAUAAUUUCACCUUCACCCCCUCCUCUUUUGACAGAUAAUAACAUGCUGUAUACUUGAUUUUCAUUCUUUUAAUAGAAAAGUCCUCUUUGUAAAUAACUGGUUGAUUUGGCUAAUUUCCAAGUUUUUGGACAAGAAAAUGAGAGUACAGGUGAUAACAUGUUUGGACAAGACCUAUAAAUAUAAUCAACCUUGUCUGUAUUUAGCUGUCAUUACUAUAGAAAAUAUAUAUUGAUAAGUGAUGUCAUUAUUGACAAAGAUUUCAUCAUUCCAACUGGACUAUGAAGGAUACAGACAAGUCUGACACUGGUUUUCAUGUUUUGUUGCAAUAAUGUUGACCUGGGAAUAAAAACAAAACAAAAAAAUAUAAAAACUUGCUAUGGCUAACUUACUAACAUUAGUAUACUUUUGAUUGCUAACUUGUCUUUAAAAGUGAAUAAGAAAGAAAAUUUACUUCUUGUAAAGCAACACUUUUUUUUCCAUUUUCCAGAUUAUGAUCAUCUUUUCCUCUUCUUCCACUUCCCAAAUCAUCUUUCUUCUCCUGUUGUUCCAACUUCACAUGUUCCAGUUUAAAUUCAUCUUUCCCGUACUUCAUCUCUGCCUGUGUCUGUUUCUCCUCCUUAAUCUCCAGUCGUUGUUCCCUCUUUAUCUGGUUUUCUCCCUCGUCUUCCUUUGAUUUAUUCAAUCCCACCUCAGCCAGUUCCUCCUCUAUCCCAGGGCUGACAAGUCUCUCUGAUUGUCUGGGGGACUCCCUGAAAUUUGACUGAUUUUCAAGCAAAAAUAUACCAAUUUUCAACAUCUCCCCUAUGCACUGAUUUUUUUCAUUGGUUUGUGUGUAAUCGAGAGAGAUCUCCCUCCUUCCUCAGUAAAUUCUCCCUGAAAUGUGAAUAUUAAUAUUACGAUCUAGGUGUCCACCUUGUCCUCUUCUAAAUCCUCCUGGUCCUCUUAAUUCUCCAGCCACUGAUUUACUCUCCUUUUGGUCCUCCUACAUUUCUUGCUCCUGAUGGGUGUUUCAUAAAGCUGUUCGUAAGUUAAAGGACAAGUCCACCCCAACAAAAAAUGAAAAA